GUUGUUAUAUUAAAUGCCAUUAAAAUGUUUUUUUUUUUUUUUUUUUUUUUUUUUAAAUCAGUAGAAUAACUAAUGGCGAUAGAAGUCCUUACCAUGAAGGUAUUGUAGUAACAAAGUUUGGCCAAACCUGUCUGAAUAUACAGUAAGAUUCACUUUAAAACCCACGACCCACGUGUUGGCCUUGAAGACAUUAUCUCCCUCUAGCGGCAGAUCAGGCAAAAUGUUAUGCUCCUUAAGUCCAAUUUCAAUCAAUACAGCAGACUAUUUACCACAUCUGCAGUUUUAAAACCAUAUUUAUUUAACAUAAAUAGUGCUAUUUAUUGAAAAUAAUUGUGUAAUACCCUGCACAGGAUUAUAAUCUUAAAAAAAAAAAAAACAGUGUUGGUGAUCAUUAGGGUUGGUACAAGCUACAACUCAACAAUUAAUAAUAAUCAAAAAAAAAUAAAGUGCAAGACUUGAUAAUGCAUGCACAUACUGUCCAUUAAUACUGAGUCAGAAAAUACAAUUUAUUAGACGUGAAUGCGCAAAUGUUGUAAUCGUAUAGAUAGACUGAAACCAGUAGCAGCAGUAGUGAACAGUAUCCUUGCUCAGGAGCCCAACAGUAGCCUUGUUCACGAGCCCUUUCAGUCAACACACCCCCAAGCCUUAAUUAUGUAAUGAAUGUACAUUAAUCAGAAUUAGGAGGUUGAAUUAAAUGCAGAGUGGUAAAGUUUUACCUGUGCAAAAAUUACAGUUGUUUUAAAUAAACUAAUCAUCAAGAAUUUGUACUAUCGUCAACACCUACUCUGGAAAGGAUAAAACACUGAGCUUCUUUCUUUUAUAGUCAACAAGGUUGUAGACACCUCUGGAGGAUUAUAAGACACUGUUCCAUUAGGAACAUGUUAAGAUGCUUUAUAUGCAUUUUAAUAUGGUUUAAAUCCAGAGUGUAGCAUAAUUUUUCUAAUUGUUUUCCUAUGACUAUUUCUUGGAUUUGGAUUAUUUGAUUGAGACGUUUAUUUUGGGUUAUUUUUAAGAUACAUUGACACCCAAGUCUAUUUUUGUGAGGUAACCAGAUUUUAGGAUAUAUACUUUUAGUUCUUAUCAGAAUUCAGAAUGUCGUCACUCUUUGCCAUGGUAAAACACAUUACCAAAGCACCAGUUAGCCACUAUUACGUUUUAGUCUGUAACAAAGUAAUUUUCAGAAAUUAGUUAUGUCAUGAAUUAUGUUCAAAAUUUAAGACCUUCAGACUGUUUCCUGCUGAAAAUUUGAAACCGCUUCUAGUACCUCAAAAGCCCUACACCAGUCUCAUAGUGGAUAUUGUGACAGACAUCCCAAAAUCAGAAAUUAACCACUGGUAAUAUCAGGAAGUCUGAUAACUCUCCUAUUGCCUUCCACAUUACCAAAGCCCUCUUUUAACACCUCGCCAAUAGAUUUAUUCUACCUGAGGACAUUGUCUCCAGGGAACCCCAUAACAAUCCAUGUCUAAUCAUCAACCAGAGUCUUAUAGGCAGGCGUAGAGUUUGAAACAGGAACUCAUGGUACAUCCAUAGUUAUUGCACAGACUUACCUGUGGCUAUGUAUAACUUCAAUUUGUUUACUCAUACCAUAGUUGGCCUCACAGAUUUCCAGUGUCAUGGACUACUAACCACCAUUUGUUCGCUGCAACCAACAUAAGGACUGUUACCAGCAGUCAAUGAAUGGUUAAGACUAGCUCUGAGUGCAUACAUAUGCAUACAUUCAUUUAGAGAGGGCUUUCAGACUGCAAAAGACACAAGCUGAUCGUCAUCACAGGGAAGCUCCUUCAUUUAGGAAACUUUCAUCCUUUUACAUUGAACCGUGAGAUCAUCCCUUUCCAAGGUGUGAUAAAUACACUUCAAUUACUGGCCUUUUAAUAUUACUCAUUUAUCAACAUUAUUAUGCAGAAUCUCUUACUGAAUUUUGCUGAAACAUACAGCUGUAUCUCACCAGCAUAACAAUGGAAGCUAAUAUUAUGCACUGGAACUGACCAUUGUGGAGAUUUUGUUAACCAUUACCUUUGUAUGCAUUGACAGGGCACCAUUAAUAUCAGUCUGAUGAGAUCUGAACUUCCAAAACAUAACCAGUCCUGCUCCUGCAAUGUGAUAAACCUAAACCUGCCUAAACCUUGACUAAAACAAUUCCCAUGGGUUAUUAUUAGGAAAAGGAUUAACUGCUGAGCAAUAACCUUAGACAUUUUAGGUCAGGUUUUCAUUGAUGUGAAAACUGCUACUUUAAAUAAUUUGCUACAGCCAAGUUGUAGUUUAUUCCAAUCAGUAGAAGCAUAUCAGGCACAUACUGUACAUGAUCAAAUUAUGGUUCCCUAUAUAUUAUGCAGUAAUAAUGUCAAAUCUAUGUAUUAAAUGAAGUUUAAUGCAGGGACUUGUGCUCUGUUAUCUGGUCCACUCACACACACACACUUAAACACACACAGAGCUUGAGAGAGAUAGUCUAAUAAGAAACACGCAAAACAUUAUUUGGGUGUGGUUAGAUCUAAUUUGAUUGCUUGGCCCAAUUAAUGAAUUCAUAAAUCUUUUACGAAUCAAAGUAGCCAAAAAUGAGCCUAAAUAAAUCCUUUAAACUACAAUUUAAUUAUUUUUUUAAAUGUCUUGCUUACUAUUAGGUUCGUUUCAUUCAAAUAUUAUCACAUUUGUUCUGCUUUAUUUGUUCAUUUUGAACUAUUGUAGCUCUCUAGUACAAACAGAGGAAAAAGACAUGAAAUAUGUGAAUAUCUAAAUAUAUACCAUAUGUAUUUUACACACAUAAAAAUGCUGCAAAUGGUAGAAAACAAACCUCUGGCACACUGUCAAAGCACGCACGAUCUUUGGAAGAGUUCCACUGGCGUAAGUCAGUGCUAUCUUGGGUGGAACUGCACUAAUACGAACGUAUAAAAAGAGAGCUAGUGGACAAACUAGUUAAGCUUGACAGGACACAUCAAACAACCCAUCAUGAGUCUCUCUGAGAAGGACAAGGCGAUCGUGAAGGCAUUGUGGGCAAAGAUCUCCCCAACUGCUGAUCAGCUCGGGUGUGAGGCACUCUCUAGAAUGUUCCUGGUCUUUCCUCAGACCAAGACUUACUUUUCUCACUGGCCAGACCUGAGCCCAGGCUCUAAUUCAGUGAAGGCGCAUGGGAAGAAGGUCAUGGAGGGUAUCGGAGAGGCUGUCAAUAAUAUCGAUGAUCUCUUUGGUGCGAUGAGCAACCUCAGUGAGCUUCAUGCCUUUAAGCUCAGAGUAGAUCCUGCUAACUUCAAGAUCCUGUCCCACAAUGUCCUUGUGGUGAUUGCCAAAACUUUUCCGAAAGAUUUCACUGCUGAGGCGCACCUGUCUCUGGAGAAGUUCUUCGCCAGGGUUGCACUCGCCUUAUCUGAUAAAUACCGUUAGAAUAUGAGCAUAUACAGUAGACAUAAUUUCACCAAUCUGCAUACACAAUGCUGUGGAAUGAUGGCUCAUUACGAUGAAUAAUAAAGCUAUUCUCGGGAAAACAA